AUUACGUGUACAUUGUUGUGCAUAGGUUUUGGUAAAAAAAGUACUCAUUGGACCAAUCAAUCUGCACAAAAUUUUAUACGUGUCAAGAAGAACCCUUUGCCAAUAGCAUAAUAAAGUUUUAAAAAAUUCCAAUACCGAUUGCCUGAGAAAAAAAGAUUUCCGUACACCAUAUCCAUCAAAACGUCACUGGCGCAUUGAUAUGGCCCUGUCAAAGUACAAGUUCUAAACUGACCAGUGAGACCACAUUUUCUUAAAUAUAUUAUCAAAAAGCAUAUUUCUGUGAUGGCCUGACUCUGUAGAUUAAGAAUCAACCACAGAUUGAGAAUUAAUUCCACUUUGGUCCAUCCCAGCCAUGUAUUUGCCACAACUUGACAUUUUGAUAAGCUCUAUGUGACUUCCGGUCGUGGAUGAAUACAGACCCAGUUUUCUGAUGCUGAACAUGCUGCCAUUCAGAGUGCUUUGAGACAAAGGCUUGGCCAAGAAUAUAUCAGUCAGCGUUCGGGAGCUGGUGGACAAAAGAUUUCGUUGACCACAACAAUGGAAGAUACUAUGUAGGUGUCAGUGCUUUCGUCAAGAUACAACUGAAGGAUGGUGUGUUUCAUGAAGACAUUGGAUAUGGUGUCAGUGAAGGGAUGAGGUCGAAGGCUUUAUCUCUGGAAAAGGCUCGCAAAGAAGCUGUGACCGACGGAUUAAAAAGGGCGCUCAAGAGUUUUGGCAAUGCCCUGGGCAACUGUCUCGGUGAUAAGAACUACCUGAAAUCUAUAAACAAGGCACCUAAACCUCCAGUUGAAAAUUGUGAACUAAGAGAAAUGAAGCAUCAAGAUCAGGAUCCAAGGAUCUGCAAAGCUCGUUACGAAAAGUCAACACCACCAUCUAGGGUUGGAAACAAUCACCAAGAUAAACUGGUACCAGGUCUAAGUGCCCAACUAAUGGGUCAAGGGGAUAUUGCUCAGAACAGGGCAGCAGACAAUCAACCAAGCACACCCAUGGGAAUACUUAUUCAUGAUACAAACACCAGGUCAGCAUUGAAAACAGAUGUAGGAUUUGCCAGGCCAUCAGGGCCGGUGAAGCCUAUCCCAAAAAUGUGCACUCCAAGUCUUCCGACACGGACAGUGGCACUGUCUGUUUCAACACCCACUGAUAUUGUCCAGCCAGUGGACACAAAAGGAACCGCUACCGAUGCAACCAAUUCUCGACCUUCGACCUCUGUAUUCCCUCAAAAAAUGAGCACACCGAUAUAUCCUUCUCGUACCCUUGCAAAGACUGAAGUGAUUUCUCCACAGCAAGCUGAAUGUUCUGGAGUGAAACCGAUUCAAGCCAAUCAGAACUCUCGACCUUUGACCCCUACAUGCCAGUCAAUGCCAAAGCAUCAACGGACAAGUACUUGUACCAACAGUAUUCCGACACGGAUUGAAAACGUCCCCCCUGGAGGUGAGCAACCAGGUGUAUACCAGGUUGAGGAACCAGUCCGAAAUACAAGCAGUGAGGAUGUCAUCGAUGAUGUUUGUCUUUCACCAGCGGAUCGUGAGCGUUUAGAAAGGAAGCAACGUCAGUUAAGAAAACAGCAAGAAUUUAAGGAACGUUUGAAAAAGACACUCGUGGAAAAAUCUGACCCUCAAACCAAAAAAGAGGAUUGUGACAUUGAUUUUGAAAUUCCCCUGGCUCAUUCUACUCAAAAGGGAGAUGCUUAUGUGACACCAGCGAGAGAUAAGACACCGGUCAUGAUGCCGGCCGAACUUCAAGCAGAAGACAACUUUGAUGAAUCAGGCCUAUGGGAUGCCAUUCCAUUAGAUGUUGAUCUUUGCGGCGAAAAAGCAGAUGAAUGCGGAACGGUGGAUACGAGGCAGCAAACACCCCUCGAUGAUAAAAGAAACAAAAAUAGCAAAGACAAUCUCAAAGGAAUCACUGGGAAUAUACCUCUAAAACGGACUUCUCGAGGUUCCCCUGUGAGGCCAGUUGGGUCUUCGCAUAGCUCUCCUGGUAGUAGGGAAGGAGCUUAUGGUGUGAUGACCAGGAGUCGCACUCCCAAUAAAAGUGCACCAUAUGGUGAUCGUAAACCCUACCCUAGCAGUUUUAGGGGAGGGUCUGCUGGGUGCUCUUGAUGGUGCAUGUAAGAACUGUAGUGUUAUACUUGCCAUUGCAUUUUAUCAUGUUCUUGGUGUUCUGUGAGAAACACUAAGUCAUGUCUCAAAUUACGAGUAAAUUGGCUCACAACCUCCUGAUUAGAGCUCUCCAAUCACAAAGUUACUGGUCUCUUGACUCGUCAGGCUGGGAAGUUAACGGGCUGUGAAGUACUUGUAGCAUCUCAGUGCAUUUGGUCAUUUGUCACUUUCAUGCCACAGAACCCUUGAUAGCUCUGGUGGAAUGGGUGAAUCAGCUCCAUUGGUUGGAAAAUAUCAAGGCAUUGUUUGCACUCGUGUGGUGAAAUAAUAGCUUAAAGUUAGAGAUUUGUGAGUGUCUGUUAGGUUCGUUGUUUAUUAGUGGCCCUUAAGUGAUAUAUUUCUAUUGUCAAUGUUUUAAUGUGCCAGUCUGGUAAAUUAUUGCUUAUUAUUAGUAUGUAUUCAUUAUUGACAAUAAAUUGUUUAUAAAAUGAA